AUGGAGAAUCAAAAUAAGAGAAAACUGAUCAAUGUUGAAGAGGCUGAUGCAACUCCGAAAAUCACUCGUUACUCAUGUACUUUUUGUGAAAAAACAUAUGAAACUCGUCAAGCACUAGGAGGACACCAACGUGGUCACAAACACGAACGAAAUGUCAUACGAGGGAUUAAGCCUAUGUCAAUUCCUCGUCAUCCCAAGGAAAAAGUGAAUUUGAUCACAGGAGCUUGUAAGGUUGAUAUGAAAAAUAUCAAUGAAUGGAAAAUACCAAAACAAGAUGAAGCGAAAAAGGCUCAUCAAGAUCAAAAUAGUGCAAAAUCUGAAUUUAAGUUUAUUUUGCUUCCCAUGACAAAUUCUCAAAUUAAUAGGUCUGGGAGCCAUCAAAUUUCUAAGACUGAAAUUGACUUUGGUCUGGUUUCAAAGAGAGGUACUAAUAAUGAUUUUCAUGAUGAUGAUAAAGAAGCUAAUUCCAAUUUAGUUGAUUAA